GUUUUUUUUUCACUAUAUGGCCCUUCAGCUUUUCUCUCUGAUAACAGGAAUGAUUGUACCAUCAAUGCAGUCACCCCUGCCUCAAGUCAUAAAACAUACUGAUAGAUGUGUGCUAAAGCAUAUUAUAUAUUGGACUGACUUUGUUAAAUAAUUGAAAAGGAAUUAUGCGUUUCAGGAUAGACUAAUCAUGGUUGUAUGCUUAUACCAGUCAACGAUCUGUUCUUUUGUUUAAGUUGCUUUAGACAAAACUAAAAGGUGUUCAGAGGUGGUUUCUUGUGUACUCCAACCAAUAAGACUUCAGUCUAUCCUUAGAUAAAGACAGCAGCUAUUUCAUUGGUUAAAAAUCCAUUGAUAAGCAGUAAGGUGGGGCCAGGAAGAUCUCCUGUACAGACUUGGUUUCCUACUACUUUCACUCACUUGAAUGUCAGACAGGAACUAUUCAAGAUUUGACUUGGCUUAGGUGACGUAAAUCGUUGCUGUUUGGAGCAGAAUCACCCAAAUCUUCCGAAAUGAGUCAGACUUCAAGUAGUGCCUUGGAGGUGUACAGGGAGAUGAUUCUUCUGUAUGCAGAGGAGGGUCGUAAGCAGGUGAACUUGACGUGUGCUGACCUGGAGCCAUGGCAGAUCAUUGCUGCCACCAUACUCUCCACCCUAGGAGUGGUGUGGGUCAAAGGCUUUGUCUUUCAACAAGAGAGUCUGAUGUCACGAAUGAAGAAGCAGUUCUUUCGCAUUAUCAGAAAAAUACCCUUUGUUGGCACGACAAUUCAGGGCCAGCUAAACAAGGCCCUGGAUGACAUGUCUCAGAGCCUGUGCACCCUGAAGGACGGCAUGUCCUACAUCCAAAAGCUACCAGCACAGGGACUCACCGAGGAGCAAGUCCUGCAGCGCAUCCGAGAGUACCAGACUCUGAAUGAGGUGCAGUGGAAGAAUGGCAAGGUGUCCGGUGCUGUGUACUGGGGAGAUGAGACGCUGACCAAGCUCCUGGUGCAGGUGUACGGGGACUUUGCCUGGAGCAACCCCCUCCACCCAGACAUCUUCCCAGGGGUGAGGAAAAUGGAGGCUGAGGUGGUGCGCAUGGCCUGUGACCUUUUCAAUGGUGGAUCGGACUCCUGUGGCGCAGUUACGUCUGGAGGGACUGAGAGUAUCCUCAUGGCCUGUAAGGCCUACAGGGAUAUGGCCUAUGAACGUGGGGUCAAGCACCCAGAAAUCCUUGCUCCAGUCAGUGUCCACGCUGCCUUUGACAAAGCUGCUCAUUACUUUGGCAUGAAGCUCGUCCACAUACCUCUGGACAACAAGACCAUGCAAGUGGACGUGAAGGCCAUGAAGAGUGCCAUCUCUAAGAACACAGCCAUGCUGGUGUGCUCUGCCCCUCAGUUCCCUCAUGGAGUCAUAGACCCCAUAGAGGAGGUUGCGAAGCUGGCUUUACGGUAUAAGAUCCCUCUCCAUGUGGAUGCCUGUUUGGGAGGGUUUCUCAUUACCUUCAUGUACAAAUGUGGCUUCCCUCUAGCACCAUUUGACUUCCGGGUCAAAGGGGUGACCAGCAUCUCUGCAGAUACACACAAGUAUGGCUACGCCCCCAAAGGCUCCUCAGUGGUGCUCUACAGCAGUAAGGAGUACCGCCACUACCAGUACUUCGUGGCCCCAGACUGGCAGGGUGGCAUCUACGCCUCUCCCUCGAUCGCUGGCUCCAGGCCGGGAGGCAUCAUCGCGGCGUGCUGGGCCACCAUGAUGUACAUGGGGGAGAAGGGUUACGUGGACGCCACCAGGAAGGUGAUCACGACGACCCGCACUAUUGACGAAGAACUGCGUCAAAUAGACGGAAUAUUUGUUUUCGGGAAACCCGAGGUGUCCGUUGUGGCGAUAGGGUCGGAUGUCUUUGACAUCUUCCGCUUGUCCAACGCUCUCACGACCAAGGGUUGGAAUCUCAACACACUGCAGUUUCCUUCUAGCAUCCAUAUUUGUGUCACAGUGUUGCACACGCAGCCUGGCGUGGCUGACGAGUUCAUCAGUGACGUCCGGGAGCAGGUUGACGUCAUCAUGAAGAACCCGAAGGAGAAGACCACAGGAAUGGGAGCUAUUUAUGGUAUGGCGCAGUCCAUCCCAGACCGAUCAAUGGUGACGGAGAUUUCUCACGGGUUUUUGGACUGCCUCUUCAGCACAGAAGACCCCAAAGCCAAGAACAACCACAUGAAUGGCAAAGCCCACUGAGUGCUUCAGCGGUGGAUCCUCGUCCACUCACUCGCUGCCUUACGCCUUUCUUCUAUUAAUCCGCUCUCUCCUAAUGGCCAGUGUCUCUUUCAAGCACAAAAUAGCAAUAAGUGAGGUUCAUUUUUUUUCUUUUCUUUGUGCACUCAGUGUGGGUUACCAAAAGACUGUCGUACAAAUGUGAGUGCGAACGUCGGAAAGUGUUUCCAACCUGGAUGUUUGUGGUGGAGUUGGGGUUGUGUACAUAACGGUGCACCCUCAUCAAGUGGAGCCUCCUGAUUUGUUUGUCAACGAUGACCUCUUAAAUGGCUUGCUUUCUAGGAUUAUGAUUAUCAUUCAGUUGUCUUUGACAAAACUACUAGAUAGGAGAUAGGAUAACUACUAGGUUUGAGUCUAUAAAGCGCCUUGCUCUACCUUGCUCUAAGUCCUGAUUAUGGUUGACAAAGAGGUGCAAAAUUGUCAUAGAUAUCAUUCACUGAUAUAAUUCAAGUAUAUUAUUCUGUAAUAACAUUAAUUAAACCACUCCUUUCAUUAUAUGAAAUAUAUGCAGCAGAUGCUGUAAACAUAACGUACAUCUCUUAUACAAAUCAGAGACAAUAACAUUAUUAAAUACAUUAACAGUAAGAAGCCCAUACACAGGUCAGGCAUUGAUGUCCCCAGAUGCCAAUAGCCGUUUUACUCAAGAAUAGGGGUCCAUUUUCAUAAACGGUUGUAUUCUGUGUUUCUGUACUGACCAAACCAAUGUGCUACUUGAAUCCCUGUUUUCUGCCCCAAAGUCAGUUUAUACUGUAUCUCUCAAGCACAACACUUUUUGAAGCACUUAUUCAACUGAUGGAGUACAUUUAUUUGCUUUCAAACUGUAAUACUUUCUCUACCUGAGGCCAAAGCGGACCCUUUGGCAACUGUUAUGAUAUGAAAGGUUCCUCUGGGUUUUUGAUUUUUUAAAUUAAUUAAUUUGAGGGCUGUAGCCCAGAAUGUAUGGAGACCCAGACACGUUUCAGCAUAUGGUAAUUGAUCACUUUUAAUUGAUGAGGCUUGGACAUCUCAACGUCCUGACUUAAAAACGUCCUUUAAAAAAAUGCAUCUUAUGUGACUUUAUACUCCACUGUAAUCCGCUUUUAUAUCUACCUCAGUUAGUAACUCAAUAGUAUUAAUUAUUCAUGUAUUAGUCAUUAUUCAUUCCAAAUUAGUUUCCCCCUUAGUUUUUAUUUCAGAAAGACUUUGACAGUCUGUCUCACUGUACUGUCAGAUUCCCUAUCUACAUAACGUGUAGUGACAAACUAGUUCUUGGUUGCAAAAGCGGAGAAUGGUUCUCCCCCUAAUCCUUUAAUUCAUGCUUUGGCCUGUCAGCUGUUAUCAUUGUCCUUUCCUUUUAAACUUUUUUUUUUUUACUGUGCAAUGAGUGAUUGAGUCGUCAUCGUUCCUUAGAGUUGCCCAAAGGGAAAAAUCUUUUGCAUCUCAAGCAGGGAUGAAAUGGCACAAUAGAGUGGCAAUAUGGUACCAUUGAAUUGUAACACUAGGCCUCUUUAGCGGUAUUUUAUCUGAAGCCUUCAUGAUGUUUUGUGACCACUGUGUGUGUUUUACAUAAUAUUAUUAAUCACUAACAACAUGUCUUAUUUCAAUUUUUGUAUAAUUAUUUGUCCAUGUUGUGUUACUGUAACAGUUUUUGGUUUUUGUUUGGGGCACAAUGGUGUGUGGAUUCAUCCCCCCCCCCUUGAAAACAGUACCACUAUAUGGAGAAAAAAAUCAGGGUCAUUUUGAAAAUCUUUCCUGAAUGUCAUCAUCCCCUAUGCAAUAAUCGAGUGUUUGCUUCCUGAAAUUAUAGAUGAGCUAUCUGUCUGAUUGUAACCAUCCCUCGUAUGAGUUCAGGCUGUGCAAAAGCACAAUAGUAACCGUGAUGCCGCAUUCACCUGUAUGCCUUCUAGUCAGUGUGUGCUUUAGGGCUAAAGACAUGGGCACAGAUCCACCUCAGGGAUAGGGCUGUACCACACCACACCACACCACACCAGGAGACCAAUUCAGUGCUCUUUUAUAUGUAAUUGUUGUUCCUUUUAAAAUCAUUAAAGGUUUCAUUUUUUCGAAACUCA